AAGUUAGAAAAGAACGUGCUAAAUCAAAGCAACUCAGUAUUAGUAUUGCUAAUAACGAGGAUGGAUUAAGACGACCAGAUUCACCCACAUCUCUUAUGUCAGAAGCUGUUAUAGAUUGGAAUUAUGCAAAACGGGAGGUGGCUCUUAAUUAUUUAAAUUCUGGUGGUGACAACUCCAAAUUCACAACUUUACCUGAUGAAGAUUUACAAAAACUUAUGGAAGACAUUAAGAAAAUACAAGAAGCUCGUAAACGACCUGACAGUAGAAACGAACAUUUUGAUGAUGAUACAGAAUCAAGAACUUCUGAGAAAAUGGGAUCAAAUGGUACAUAUGAGACAUUUGACACAAAUUAUAACGGAUUGGCGCAAUCUGAAAUUGUUGAAGAAAAAGUCAAACCGUUUAAAGAAGAAAUUCAACAACAACUUGAAUUGCAAAAACAAGAAUAUGAAGAAAAGAUGAAAAAAAUUAACGAAGCAGAUGAAUUAAAAGCCGAAAAUAAACAGAUUGAAGAAAAACUUAAGAUGGUUCAAGAUGAAAUGAAUAAACUUCAAAACAUUUCACAGAAUCCUUAUGAAGAUUAUAGCAAAGCACGACCAGGAAAAACAACAUAUACCGAAGAAGAAUUACGUCUUAUUAGGAUGGCUGUCAAGAAAUGGAGGCAUCAAAGAUAUGUUUACAUGGCUGAGACUUUACUUAGUAAUGCAGUCAUAUUGAAAGAGGCUAAUGUUAUAAGUAAAGAACUUGAUAAAAAAAUUCUUUAUCAAUUUACCAUUAUAGAAGAUGAACCAUUUACAAAUCCAAUUUCAUCUUAUGAAAGUACGUCAGCAUUAAACCAGUAUAAUAACAAUGAGGACACUUCACUACACGCGUCUAAAAAACCUUGUGUAGGAGUGAAAGUUAUUGACUUUAAAAAUGGAGUUGUAUAUGUCUGGUCUUUGGAUAAACUCAAAACCCGCCUUCAGAAGAUGCGCAACUUGUAUAAUUUUAUAGAUCGUCCUCAAUACAGUAGACAUUUUAAUUGGGAAGACCCAUUUUAUGAAAAUCCUUUACCUCAUUAUACCUUUAUAGGAAGUGCUUCCAUUGGUCUAACAAGUUUAAUAUAUAAAACUGAACAUGAACAUAAAACACCAGUGAUUUGUAGAUAUUCUGGUGAUGUAUUAGGUUAUUGCAGAAUUCUUAUCAAAUAUAUUGCAGAUUUUUUAGAUAAAUACAAUGUUGUGUUUGAGGUCAAAAUACUAGAACUUACUGGAAUUUCAGAGUCACAAUUUACAGAUGUGCAUGUGCAAUUCAAACAUUCAUCAUUUGGAAAUGAAUCAAGUGGGGUUUUGGCUACUAACAUCAUGUCAGACUUUGGAAAUUUACCAAUUAAUCUUAAUUAUGAACAAACAUUUAAAAUGAUAGUAUCGCCUGAGAUGAUAGAUGUAUUUACAAAUCGAAUGUUAACAUUUGAAAUUUUUGGACGUGCAAAGCAAUGUGUUUUAGAAGAGAUGAAAAAAUGGGAUGAUCAUAAGGAGAGACCACUUUAUAGAGGCAUUAAUGGACAGGUUCACACAGAUUCUAUGGUUUCAAGAGAACGUCAUUCUGAGAAUGAACUUGUAUCGGAAGAAAAACAUGACGUUAUAGCUUGGGUACAAGUUUGUGAACUUGCCCCUACAGGAGAAUAUGUACCAGUUCAAGUACUUACACAAAAUUCUCUAGAUCCUGGGGCAUUUUUCUUAAGACAAGGACUACAACAGUCUUCAGUUCAAAAUGAUGUUCAAAUGAAUUUAUUGCCACAUCAACCUGUUCAUUUUAAUAGGGAUGGUACUAGUGUGAUUGUUGCACAAGCGUCAUGGGACAGUACACUUCAUGAUUCAAUAUUUUUGAAUCGAAUAACAACUUCUAAUAGUCGUGUUUUAUUAGGAUUAACAUGGUAUGUUGAGGCUGAAAAAUGUGUAGAGCCCAUAACAUUUCACAUGGAUAUUGCAGUUCAAAUCCAAGGACGUGAAGCAAAACCACCAUCAAAAUUAACACAAUUGAUAAAUCAAUCAAAAGUGUUAUGGAAAACCAGUGGACUAUUUUCCAUUACACUUAAACCACCAAUGACACGUAAAAUUUCUGAGCUUUGGCGUCUCAAUACGGCCAACAAAUAUGUACGUGGAGAAGAAUUUUUAGGAGAUUGGAAAUCACGUGGUGUUUCAUUAGUUAAUGAUUACAAAAUGAUCAGUGAGACAAUAAGAAGAAAAGAGGCAGUUGAACAUACAAAGCAAGUAAUUGCGUUAUUAGAAGCUCGUAAUAAAUUAACUUCAAAUGAAAAAACGGAUAAAUGUGAUCCUACAGAGCUAACCAAAAAGACCCUAACACUUUGGAGGAAGAAGUGGGGAUUAUCCAAAGAGAUUGUUAUAAAUCAAGAACCACCACUUUCAGGACCAUGCACUGAUAUAGAUUCAUCAAGAUGUUCUAAAUCAGGAAAAUUGGUUGCACAAAAAGGUUGUUUAUCUACUCCGGAAAAUUCAGAUGAUUGUUGGGUGAAACGUUGGUAUGUCUUAAGAAGACCAUACUUAUUUAUUUAUGAAUCACAAAAAGAAACUGAAGAACAAGGUGUAAUAAAUCUUGCAUCUGUUAGAGUUGAUUAUAAAAAAGAUUUAGAAAAUAUGCUUCAAAGACAAAAUAUUGAUCAAUUUUAUCAAAUAUCAUCUUUGGAAUAA